UAUCAUUUUCUUUCAGCGCAAGAUUAAAGAAAUUAUGACGAUAACUCUCUUCUCCUUCACAAAUAAAUAAAUCCCACGGCACUAUUUUUGUAAGGCCACAAGGCCAAGGCAGAUAAACCCUUCCUGUCAGGGUUUCACAGUAUCACCUGUAUUAAUAAAAGAAGUAAUGGCCAGUGCUGUGUGUUCAAAAUUAUUUGUUCUUCCAGCUCAAACAUUUCAACCCAAAUCAGGUGAUAAAAUAUUGCAGCAAAAAGGAACGUAUGCGAACCGAGUGUUGUCUGCUACUGGAGUAGCUUCAGCAGGGGGAAAAGGUGGUGGAGUGCUUGAUAGACCGACAAUAGAAAAAACUACACCAGGCCGUGAUUCUGAGUUUGAUUUACGGAAAUCAAGAAAGAUAUCUCCACCAUAUCGUGUAUUAUUGCACAAUGACAAUUAUAACAAACGGGAGUACGUCGUGCAAGUUUUGAUGAAGGUUAUCCCUGGAAUGACACUUGAUAUAGCUGUUAAUAUCAUGCAAGAAGCCCACACAAAUGACAUUGCAGUUGUGAUUAUUUGUGCUCAAGUUGAUGCAGAAGAACACUGUAUGAAGCUCAGAGGAAAUGGGUUGCUUAGCUCCAUAGAGCCUGCUAGUGGCGGUUGUUAAAAGUAUAAUUUAUAUUGACUUCUCAAGGGCCCUGUAUUUGGGUUCAGCAGUAGCAGGUGUACAUGUCAAUGUCAGUAAAUUCUGCAGGAUGGACUUGAUGAAUCUUAGAAUGGAGUCAUUUGCUAUGCACUCGCGGGAGCUAUUUAACUGUGAAUAUACCUCUGUAGUUCUAUUUGUACAUGGAGAGAACUGAAGGAAGAGCAUCAGGUUCCUGGCAGUAGUCUAUGAAUACAUAGAAUAAUUCCAAACAAUGGCUAGCUGUUUAUGCUAUUUUCAAGAUACUUUUCAUAGUCAAUAUAUUUGCUAAUAUUAUUUACUCAUUAUUGUAUCCAGUCCAUGGAAAGUGCGAUCUCUCUGCUUUCACAAGCUGUAAUACCGUUCUCUCUCAUGCAUUUUAUUUUAAUGAAAUGCCUGUGAAAGAAGCCAUCUUUGUAUCCAAGCAAUACUGUUUUUCUUUUUUGGCCUGCGCGAACUAAAGUCUAAAACUGAAAGGAUUUGUAGGUGAGGGAGGCAUAUAAUAUUAUAUACGUGUGGGAGAAUUUUUCUGCUUGUGA